UCUAGUAAUUGACGACAGGAGAGCAAAGCGUUUCCCAAACUGUUUCCCAAAGGCGUUUUUCCUUUAACCACAAGGUAAUAUACCUAAGAGCUGGAACUAUAUUGUAAACUGACGUCUUACAUGAAAGAUGAAGCUUGCUGGAGCUCAUCUUGCAAUUAGUAAAGGUGAAUCCAUGAGGCCUGCUCCUGUCUCAGACACAGCUCUUCACUUUAUGAGUCUGAGCUUCUGCAUCAAGGCUUCUGGCCGAGCCAUCUGACUGCUGGUUUAUCUGCACUGGCACACACCCUCUCACUGGGGAAGUGUGACUCCACCGCCCCCCUCCCAACUCCUCAUUCCUGCUGACUCCCUGCUUACCCUCUAGUCUUUCGCCUCCUCGCCUCAACCCUUUCUGGAUGCCAGUAGCUUCUAGUCAUGGAGCAGACGACAGUCACACACCAACCAGAACUGUCCAUCACCAAUCCCUCACCAUCAGCGUUUGAAGAGGAGGAAGUGGGGGGCUUCACCGCAGGAAGUGAAGAUAACUGCAGGUCAUGCAAUGUCCUUGCAGUGACAGACCCAGUACUCACGCAACCCGGCCUCGGCGUCACCACGACAACCGUCACCACCAUCACGCAGACGGGAGGAGACUGGAGCACUGGCCUGUUUAACGUCUGUGGAGACAAGACUACAUGUAUUCUCGGAGCUCUGGUGCCGUGCUGUUUGGACCUGAGCUUAGCUCACCAGUAUGGUGAGUGUCUGUGCAUGCCUCUGCUACCAGGAUCCACUUUUGCCAUGCGAGUUGGGAUCAGGGAGCGGUACAAGAUACGGGGCAGUGUAUGUGAGGACUGGACCACAGUGUACUGCUGUUACCCUCUGGCUGUAUGCCAGAUGAUAAGAGAGAUGAAGCGGAGGAUGAAGACACAGACGUAUCAUGUGUCCACUGCCCUCGAAAGCUCCUGAAGAAACUCUAGAUAGUAAAUGAGGCCUGUACUUUUACAAUGCAACAGAGGCUGGUGAGGGCCAGCUGAGAUUUCUGGUACGAACAGCACAAAGAAUCAAUACUAUAAGGUUUGAACUUACUUUUAAAUGCCACUGAGGACGCCUUGGCCAAUAAAUCAAGCCUAUCCUACAACAUUCAAAGAAGACUGGAAAGGACGAACUUUGAUUAAUAGCAUAAACAGCAAAAUGAAUCAGAGCUUUAAGGUCUAAACUGCCUUGGAGGUUGUUAGAUUCUAACUGAAACAUACUUUUAAACUGCUGUUGGACCUCUGUUUAGAGAGGAUAUAAUGAAUAAACUUGAAAACAA